GACUCGGCUCAGUCUGUAUCUUAACUGAAACUUUUUCUUCACCAAAUCUACAGCACAAUGGACUCUUCAGAGCUAUAUCACGUCAAACAGCAGUUCAUCCUUGGCGCGUAUAAAUCACUUGCUGAGCUUUCUCUUCCCUCGCCUUCUGCCGCAGAUUAUAUCCCGACACUACUGUACAAAGCCCGUGCCAGCAUCGCUCUAGACGACCCACAAUCCGCUCUUGCGCUAAUACCGUCUGAUACAGAGAAUGUCGCACUGAAAGCCGUGACAGCUUUGGCUCAAUAUGUCGACGCUGGUGGGGAAGAGGCUCUGGAAGCGUUGAGAGAUCUGUGUGUUGAAAUAGAAGCUGAUGAAGAAAGCGAGGAAAGAGAGAAAGAUAUCGUACGAGUUGUUGCUGCCACUGCUUUUGCUAGGGUCGGUGAGGUAGAGGAGGCGUUAGAGACACUGAGCGGCGCAUCAGAGAAUCUGGAAGCCAUCGCCGCAACCGUUCUCAUAUAUCUUUCAAUUUCUCGUCCUGAUCUCGCUCAAAAAGCUUUCAACGCUGCGAAAAAGUGGGCCGAGGAUGAUCUUCUCUUGCAGCUCAUUGAAUCAUCUAUCGGAUUGAGAACCGGGACGAACGCGUACGCAGAUUCAGCAGCGUUUUAUACGGAACAGCUUGGCAACCCGUCCGUAUCUUCGGCCCAUCUCCUUACCGCGCGUGGCAUCGUGCGCAUACUAAGGGGUGAGGUGGUUGAGGCAAGGAGCGAUUUGGAGGAAGCACUGGAGCAGACUAAAGGCAGCGGGACGCAGGGAGAAGUGCUUGCAGGUCUAGUCGUCGCCCUUGGCCUUGGAGCAGGCAAGACAGCCGAGACAGAGGAAAUAUGGGGACGACUGAACGCAGAAUAUUCAUCUCAUCCUCUCGUAGCAGACGUGGCUUUGAAAGCUAGUUCAUUCGACGAUUUUGCAGCGAAGUUCGAGGUACCUCCCCCAGCUGUCGGUACCAGAGCAUGAUUUCAGUCUUUGCUAUCUUGAGAUGUGGUUACAAUUUCACAUCUAUUCUAGUGCAGAGUGCAGAUCUCAGACGUACUGAGAGACUACAGCCUGUAUGCACGACUGCUACUCGGCCGAUUCACGAAAAACCAUGGGCUCAUUGUAGAGUAAUAUAUUUGAUACAUGUUAUCACUAUUUUAUUGACUUCUGCCCUGUUUCCUAUUACU